AUGGAGCCGAUAUCUCACCCUCCGCUGUUUCUCGCUACGUCGAGCAUUACACAUGGUGCCAGCCCUAGCCAAAGUCAUGCUUGGAGUUAUGUCCUCUAUCUUUUGCGGUCGAUUGAGCGGCUUGCAGACAUCAUGUCAUACUGUCAUCCUUUCCGGUUGCUCGACGAUGGCAUCGAUGGCCUUGGGUGCAAAGACAUUGACAUCCUCCGCUUAGCUCAGGGACAUGAUUUGUGGAGCACUGGCAGCACUGAUGUGGCCCCAGGGCCACCCUGGCCGCGAGAUGAAAUCGUGCCAUACAUAUGCGAUGUUUUACAUUGGGCAGCUUCCACUGUGAUUUCCAAUCGUCAGAUGUUUGCGCGCCGGCGGGAGGCUGCAGCGCGGACUGUGAAGAAAGGAAUGGGAGCAACUGCACUAGCGCUGCGCCUCCAGGACAAUUUUCGUUGCAGAUCUUCUUGUGCGAUGGAGCACCGCCUUCGCCGAGCAUUCGAUCAGUUAAAAGCAUUGCGACCAUCGCGGUCUGUGGGAUCUGCGAGGGCCGCGGAGGUGGGCUAUCAUGUAAUCGUAAAAACAGCUGUCCGCGAACGGCAAUUCCUUAAAGCCAACUUCCUGUCUGGGUUCAGAUCUGCGUAA